GUUUUGUCCUUCUCCGGACCAAACCGGACUAAUUAGCGUUGGGCUAACUCCCGCCCCUACACAAGUCAAGAAGCGGCUUCGGCGGCGUACGUAAAAAUACUUGGGAGCCGCUCCACUUGCUAGAGCACCUUCCUCGUCACCCAACGCCCCGUCAGUCUCCGGGCUCGAUCUUCUCUUCGUCCUCCCCGUCGUGCGCCUCUCGAUGCCGACUAGCUUCCAAGCGUGAGCUAUCAUACCCGCAUAAUUGUAUCGUAAUUCACGUAUUGGAAGUCACGCAGUCGAAGCCCAGCGAUCAAGCGCGCAUGGAGUCCAAGGCCGUCGAUGGCACGCGAGCGUCCUCGUCCAUGUCCAAGGAGGGUCUGUGGUGGCGCUGGACCCACGGCAAGAGCGGCACCACGGCCUCCAGCAGCCAUGUAGGCUCGCCCUACGACACUAAUAACCACACCUAUAGCAGUAGUAAUAGUAAACCAGCAGCCACGGCGUCCCCUUCUAACGGGGUGCGGUGGCAGAAACGCACCACCCGGACGCCCAAGGAGGACAAUUUCUCGUCCCUGAGCUGGUCCAGCUCCCCUGAUGCUGGGAACAAUUCCUCGUCUCCUAAAUUCUUCUCGGCGACGGCGUCGUCGACGGCGCGAAGCUCUCGGGCUUCAGCCGUGCCGUCCAAGAAGAAGAUGGCGACAUCGCUGUCUAAUCGUGGACCUCGAGACGGUUAUACUAGCAGCAAGAAAGCGUCACUGGGCGCGUCGUCUUCCUCUUCGUUCAUGUUCUCGACUCGAGAGGACAAACGUGCAGCGUCAUCUGACAUCUCGUGGUCUAUGGGCAAGAGCAAGCGACCGGCAGCUAAGAAAGACAGACGCAGUGCUAAGAGCUCUUCGUCUAUGGCCAGCGCUCGAGCUGCACGUGUAGUAGCCACGAGGAACACUCAAUUCCUGCCGGAUGUUAACGAGGAUACGGAGAUGAGAGCACCGGAUGCAGGCGCCAACAUGUUCGCGUUCUCAACUCCGCAGUCCAAGCCCAAUCGACGUGCAAGUUCGAGCUUUAGCUCGUCGAGAAAUGAUACGACAGACAAGUUCCCGGUGGCUGAAACCCCAGUGUUCGACUUUGAUGGUAGUUUUUCGAGAUCGGGUAAGGCUGCAUUCCCGCCAUCUUCUCCCUCGGCUGCGUCAACGGUCUCGUCGACUUCUUCUUUCAACUCGCAGUCGUUCUCGACAGUGGACCCGCUUGUGAACUGCGCUCGAGCUGUGCUGGAAGACUGCAUUAGGAAGCGCAAAAUGGAGCAGAGCAACGCUCGUAAGCGCUCUAUUGAAGGAUGCUUUGAUGGAGAUCUGGAAUGCAAAGAGUUCGGGUGGCACUACGACGUGGUGUCCAAGCACAGAGACUACGGCAUGAUGAGUCCUGGAUCAAGUAGUAGCGAUGACGAGCUCAGCCAAUUGUCGUCGAUGGACCAGUCAUUCUGCGCGGAGAAGUCUGAGCGGGGCUGCGACAGCAAGUUGGCUAAAGAAGAAAUGUACCGCCAGAUCUUGGUGGGAGACUACGACCUCAGCAGUAGCCCCGAGUUCCAGUGUUUCAGCCCUUUGAUGGAAGAAAAGGGCCUACCAAUUGAGGUUCGAUACCAGCUGCCAUUGGCACUGGGCACAGCUAACGAAACUAGCAAGGAGUGUACGAUUUGCCAACUUCGUUACGGCAUUGGUGAUCACAUCGUCACGCUUCCUUGCCAACACUUCUUCCAUGCAUGCUGCGUGGACAAGUGGCUGUGGAAUCACACGUCGUGCCCACUGUGCCGAACGGAAGUCUCUUUGGACCUGGAGACUGAAGUUCCCAACACUAAGCACAACUUUACCGAAUGCUCUCCAGUUGACCAGGAGCGUAUUCGUCGCCAGAUGCGCUCUUCCUCGCAGCACGCAGGCUUUCGUCCUGUCGUUCCAGGUCUGAAAUAACCUCUAAACGUUCCACUCUUUAGGCCAUUCACUGAUCUUCUUUAUAGUGGAAAUUGACCAGCUCGAGCUUGAAGUGUCACGUAUGGCCAUCGACGAAGACUCGGACCUUGAAGACGAACCAAGCUAUCUAGUUUGCCCGACGCCGCACCUCGCUACGAACGCCCAGGACAACUGUCCUGGCAACUGAUGAGUGCUGCACUGCGAGAUCCAUCCCUGGCCGAACAGGAGGUGUCUGCUUUCAACAAAAAACAACAAACUAGGCCCGAUCCUAUGGCUCACGGCACCUUGGCGCCUUCUUCUCUUCGGGGGUAUUUGUAUGGUGUUGUAAUCGACCCCCCACGCCGUGCUUCCAGCCAGCAGCCACACUCGUUCAACCAACUUUAGGAAUCAAGGACUUGUUAUCUUGUUAGCCUAGCGCGUGGCUGGAGGUGGCAGCGAGGAGAGGACAGGCUCACAUCUAAGAAAACCGCAAUAAAACAGGAAAAAACAACAACUUCAACUUGA